AUGUGGGCCAAAACAAAAGCCGAGCCGCCCUCGCAGGGACAAGAACGCCCGGCCAAAAGACCCCGUCUUUCGCAGGACGACCGCGACCGGGGGCGGGAUAUCAAGCCCAAAUCACACACUCCAUUAGCGCCCGGACCUCGCCCAAAGCAGGAGAAUGCACACCGGAGCAUCACGUCCAUGACCAAGGAGGAACAGGAGCUCAUGGAUACGCUCCUGUCGGGACUGGAGGCGUCCAUGUUUGACGACAUGUCGUCCUCCCAGCCUCAGCCUCAGCCCCCGGCUCGGUCGCAGCUGUCGCGGUCGCCGGUCAAGGCCAAGCGGACGCCGUUGAAGCCGAAGGCGGUGCGAGCGAUGAGCCCCGUCAAGGCAAAUAUACCGCGCCCGCUUCCUUCGACCAGGCCGGCGUACGCGAAGCCAACGGCGGCGGCGGGGGUGGUCAAAGCGCAGCGCGAGCCCUGUGCGGUCAAGCUCGAGCGCCCCUCUCAGGCGGUCACGGUCAAUCUUGAGCCGCCUCAGCUUAAGCUCGAGCCCGUCCAGGUCCAGGCCAGGCUCGAGCACCCUGCCUAUCCCUCUCCUCCUGCUCUGGUCCCGCUAGAGAAGGAUGCGAACUCAGAGAAGACGCUACUGGACGACGACGACAUGUACACUUUCGAUUUUGAUCUUUCGGAUCUGUCUGCUUUCGAUGCGGAUCUGCUCAUGGCUCCACCCCCACCACAAGUCCGAUACCCCAUACUUCAUCCGGACGUACCUCCGCCUCCCGAGGGUUUUACAUCCACGCCCUGGCUUCGGUGCACGGUCAGGCACAUUUUCCAUGGUAUCCAUUUUGCCGAUGGUAAAGCCCCGGAUGCUACCGCUCUGCUACGCGCAUCCUCCUCGUCAGCCGGGGGCUCGGCUUCGAGCAAGACUCUUCUCGUCGAAAAUGCCAAAACCCCGGCACUCUUAGUCGUCCACCUCAAAGAACGCUGGAUCGAUGUCGCCGUCCGGGUGGACGACACCGUCAACAUCAUCUCUCCCUCACUCCUAUCUCCCAUCUCGAUCACCUGCAAAGACCCCUCCACCUUCCUGAUCCUCCACCCCGACCUCAUGUUGACCAUGACGACCAUCGCGAAUGCCAUGCCCUGUCCCCGGAAGCCGAUCCUCCAGUCGCUCAUCCGCGUACCUGGCCCUUCGAGCAAGGCCGUCCUCUACGGUAAUCUGGGGCAUGCGCUUUUACAGGGCGCUUUGCAGGAUCAGGAGUUCAAGGCGGCUGUGACGGAAGAGAGGCUGGAGAAGGAGAUGCAGAAGGAGCAAACGCGGAUGGAAGUAUGGGGGGCGGGACUGAAUGUUCGGGAUGUGCAGGAUGAGGUGGGUGGACGGGCUGGGAAGGGGUUCGAGACGUUUGCGGACAAGUGGGUGGGGCCGGAGCCCAAAGCCGAUGGAGAUCUGCACUCCAUGCCAGGCGACGCCCAGUCCCUGCUCAGUAUCACCGGCCUACACGAGAUCGAAGAGGACGUCUGGUCCCCCAAGUGGGGCCUCAAGGGGAAAGUCGACGCCUCCGUCCAGGCGUCCAUUGUCCUCGACCGAAAGAUCAAGAAUCCAGCCAAGGAGAUCCAUGUCGCCCCGCUGGAAAUCAAGACGGGGAGGUCUAUUGGGGUGAUGAAUCAUCGGGCGCAGACGAUGCUAUAUACACUGUUGAUGGAGGAUCGAUAUGGCGUACCUGUCCCCGCUGGACUGCUUUACUAUUCUCAGCUCGAUACUGUUUUGCGCGUCGAAGCGAGACCAGCGGAGAUCCGGGCGUUGAUCACAGCGCGGAACGAGCUCGCCUCGUACCUCAUCAAAACGCGAAAGCUCGCGGUUGCGCCGGACGCGGUGUCAGGCGGAAGCACGCAGCCUGCGGAUCUGGAGGAUAGCUUCUUACCGCCUACGAUCGACUCGGCGCGAGAGUGCAAGACGUGCUAUGCGGUUGAUACUUGCAUGCUGUAUCGGAAGACGACAGACAGAGUACCGGUAGAGGAGGACGAUCCGAUCGGCUCGCUAUACGAGGAGAAGAUGGGGCAUAUGACGGAGAAGGAUAGCGAGUUCUUCCGGAAGUGGGAGAACUUGUUGACUGUGGAGGAGCAGGAUAUUGGGCGGUUGCGGAAGGAGCUGUGGACGAUGGGUGCGGAAGAGCGGGAGAAGCGGGGCAGAUGCUUCGGCAAUAUGGUCAUUGACUCGUACACCAACGACGUCGGAACCUCCCUCGCCAAGAUCCACCGACACACCUACACCUUCGCACGAGCGGCCUCCGUCCUCCACACCGCGACCCAGUCCGGCCGGACCAACCUCCUUUCUGGCCACAUCACCCGCGGCGACCCCGUCAAUAUCUCCAUCGAGCCCGAUCUCCUCUGCCUCCAACGUGGCUUCGUCACCGAGCUCACGGCCGAGCACAUCUCUAUCGGCGUCACCUACACCAUCGACACUGCCGCCCUUCUCAAGCGCACCGUCCACCGCGUCAAGCAGCGGGAUACGAGCAGCACCGACCAGCUCAUCUUCCGGAUCGACAAGGACGAGAUGAUGUCUGGGAUAGCCAAGAUGAGGAACAAUCUCGCCCAACUGUUCUUUGCGGGCGGGGACGAGAAGCGGCGGUCUCUCAUCGUUCACGAUGCGGUACCGCGCUACGACCUGUCGCGCGUGCCUAUUCCCGAGGAGAUCCCGGCGUCCCUCAAUGAGGAUCAGGUAGCGGCGAUGAGCAAGGUCUUGACUGCCGAGGACUAUGCGCUGAUUCUUGGGAUGCCGGGGACGGGCAAGACGACGACGAUUGCGGAGAUUAUCAAGGCGCUGGUGGGGAGGGGAAAGAGCGUGUUGCUCGCGAGCUAUACCCAUUCGGCGGUGGAUACGAUUCUGAUGAAGCUGGUCAACGAGAGCUUUGGGAUAUUGCGUUUGGGUAACAUCGACAAGGUUCAUCCCGACGUACAGCACCUCACGCUGGAAGCCAUGAACAGCUCGACCUCGAUGGCUCAGCUCGAAGAGCGCCUCAUGGGUCCUCCAGUAGUAGCCACCACCUGUCUCUCCAUCGAACACCCACUCUUCUUCCGCCGCAAGUUCGACUACUGCAUAAUCGACGAAGCCUCCCAAAUCACCCUUCCGACCAUCCUCGGCCCACUCCGAUUCGCAGAGACCUUCGUACUCGUCGGAGACCACUACCAGCUCCCGCCCAUUGUCAAGAACCACGAGGCGCGCAAGGCCGGUCUGGACGUUUCCCUCUUCAAGCUCUUGUCUGAUCGACGGCCCGAAGCGGUCGUUGAUCUACGGUACCAGUAUCGGAUGAAUGAGGAUAUUAUGAGUUUGAGCAAUACGCUGGUUUAUGAUGGGAGGUUGCGGGUGGGGAAUGAGAGGGUGGGGAGGAGGGGGUUGGUUUUGCCGAUGAAGAAGGGGUGUGGCGGUCAGGAGAAGGGGUGCAUGGAUCCGGAGGAGUGUUGGGUGCAAAGUCUGCUGAAGGAGAGUGUCAAGGCUGUCUUUGUCGAUACGGACGGACUCCCCGCGGAAGAAACUCGAGUUGGUGAUCUCGUCCAGAACCCGACUGAAGCUAUCGUCGUCCGACAGUUUGUUCAAGCCCUGACUGGAAAUGGGAUCAAGGAGGAGGACAUCGCCGUCAUCACGCCAUACAGACAACAGAUCAAAGUUUUGAAUGGGCUGUUCAAGGACAAGCCGAAGGUGGAGGUCAUGACCGCCGACAAGUCCCAGGGGAGGGACAAGGACGUCGUCUUGAUCAGCUUGGUCAGGUCGAACGAGGUCGGAAAUGUCGGAGACCUCCUACGCGAUUGGCGACGAAUCAAUGUCUCCUUCACCCGAGCGAAAAAGAAGCUCGUUAUGUUCGGCUCGCGCAAGACGCUCGGGACGGAUAAGCUGCUCGGUGACUUCUUGGCGCUCAUGGAGAGGAAACAGUGGAUAUAUACCUUGAAAAAGGGGGCGGAGGCGGUGCACCCGCUUGAGAGUGGCGUAAAGGUGGAGAUGGAUGAAGCGGGGCGGAAGGCGCAGAAGGAGAAGGAGAAGGGGGCGGGGAGGAAGGUGGGUAAAGUGGGAGAGGCGAUUUUGGCUGGGAAUCCGUUUGUCAAGGAGAUUAUGCGCAAUGAGGCGUAG